AUGGGUAUCAAACACCUCGCCCAAGUCAUCAAAGACAACUGCCCCGACGCCAUAAAAGAAGGCGAAAUCAAAAACCAAUUCGGCCGCAAAGUCGCCAUCGACGCCUCCAUGUCCCUCUACUCCUUCCUCGUCGCCGUCCGCUCCAACGGCGAACAACUCAUGUCCGACACCGGCGAAACAACCUCCCACCUCAUGGGAAUGUUCUACCGCACCCUCCGCAUCGUCGACAACGGCAUCAAGCCCCUCUACGUCUUCGAUGGCGCCCCACCAAAGCUCAAGUCCGGCGAGCUGGCGAAGCGGUUCCAGCGCAAGAGUGAGGCUCAGGAGAAUCAUGAGGAGGCUAAAGAGACGGGAACGGCGGAGGAGGUGGAGAAGUUUAGUCGGAGGACUGUGAGGGUUACACGGGAGCAUAAUGCGGAGGCGCAGAGGUUGUUGAAGUUGAUGGGUGUGCCGUUCAUUAUUGCGCCGACUGAGGCAGAGGCACAGUGUGCGGUAUUGGCAAGAGGGGGGAAGGUGUAUGCGGCGGCGAGUGAGGAUAUGGAUACGCUUACCUUCGAUUCGCCGGUGCUGCUGAGGCAUUUGACGUUCUCGGAGCAGAGAAAGGAGCCUAUUCAAGAGAUCUUCCUUGACCGGGUGUUGGAGGGUUUGGAGAUGGAUCGGAAUCAGUUCAUUGAUCUAUGCAUUCUGCUGGGAUGUGAUUACCUGGAUCCUGUGAAGGGCAUUGGUCCGAAAGUAGCCCUGGAGCUCAUCAAGAAGCACAAGACGCUGGAGAAUGUAGUUGAGGAGAUCAAAAAGGGCAGCAAGUUCACUCUCCCCGAAGACUGGCCAUUCGCCGACGCACGCGCACUCUUCCUCGAGCCAGACGUCCGCAAGGCAGACGACCCAGAGUGCGACUUCAAGUGGGAGAGCCCCGAUGUUGAGGGUCUGGUCAAGUUCUUGGUGGAGGAGAAAGGCUUCUCAGAAGACCGUGUCAGGAGUGGGGCUGCAAGACUGUCGAAGAACAUGAAGUCAAGCCAGCAGGCACGACUGGAGGGAUUCUUCAAGGUCAAGGAGAAGACUGUGGAGGAGAAGGCAAGCUUGAAGCGGAAGAACGAGGAGAAGCUGGCCAAUGCGAAGAAGCAGAAGAAGGAAGCUGAUAAGGCGAAGAAGGAGGCAAAGGCGAAGCCGAAGAUGAACUCGUAG